CUCGCUGGCCAAACGCACCACCUGCUCUGGCCUUCGUCAUCAUCAUCAUCUUUCGGGCAGUUUAGUUCAUUCCAAGAGCCGUACACUUCGCGCUUGCGUAAUAGCCCUCCUCGUUCGCAUAUCCUGCCCCCCUCUGCCUCGGUGUUCGUGACGUUAUCUUUCCGUCGACGGGGUGUGUGCUAGCUCACGCCCAGUUCGUUGCAGACGUCAGUGGAGUUUCAACGGCUGAGCCUCUCGUAACUCUGUCGUGCGCGUAGUAGUGGGUCUGUCCGCGUGUGUUUGUGUGCGUGGUCUUCUGCCGAUCUCGUUGUGUUCUACCGGCCGCUUCCCAGCACCGGCGCAUUAGUCCGAAGGGUAAGGCCUCUCAUGAGUGACUCAGAAUGGGCUGCUCAAACACAAAGGCUGUGGAGUUGACCAACGAAGACCUUGAGUUCCUCAAGAAGCACACAGACUACGAUGAUGCCACGAUACGGGAUUGGUAUGCAGGAUUCAAGCAAGACUGUCCAACGGGCAAGCUCUCUCGCGCCAAGUUCCUGGAGAUCUACCGCAUGUUCUUCACGACGGGCAACCCCGAGAAGUUCUGUGACCACGUAUUCCGCACGUUCGAUGCGGACGACAACGGCCACAUUGACUUCAAGGAGUUCCUGCUGGCCAUCGGAGUGACGGGCAGCCAGAGUUCGGAAGAGAGGCUCAAGUGGGCCUUUCGCAUGUACGACAUCAAUGGCGACGGCAAGAUUGACCGAGCUGAGAUGGUCAAGAUAGUCCAGGCCCUGUAUGAAAUGCUGGGGCCCGGCGCCGCCACUUCCGAUGAGGACACGCCGGAAGAGCGCACAGGAGCGGUCUUUUCCAGGAUGGACACCGAUGGAGAUGGCAAGCUGACGAUGCGAGAAUUCCUCGAUGGCUGCUUGCAGGAUCGGAAGCUGGCGGGCCUCCUCACUGCAAACACAUCCUUGCAGCUGAGAUAGCCCCAAACUUUCACGGCCUGCUUUUGCUUUCAACCGUGUCACUUCCUCUAAUUUCUUUCCCUAGAACAGCAUUUUGUUCUAUUUCUCUCGUAAUUUAACAGCCUUUGUUUGUUCUUUUUGUCGUUUAUGCCGUUUUUGUAUACAAGCAUUGUGCUACUUCGUCAUGUUUGAAUAAAAUGUGCCUACAUUUCA